GGCGCGGCUGGGCCGCCUGCAGGCCGCAGCGAGGCCUGGCCCGGCGGGGUGCGGGGCGUCACGGGGAGCCCUUGUCCUCCCUGCACCCCGGGUGGGAUGAGCGGGUGUCGGUAGGCUGGGAGUUGGAGUAUAAACGCGUCCUGCGGUGUGAUAAGAGGCGUGAUAAGCUGCUGGGCUCCUCUAAAAAUUUGUUUUCUGUGUGCUGUGAGUCGGUGAUGUUGCGAAGGCUGCAAUGGGCACUGAGAAAAAUGGUACCAGCCCCACUGUGAAGACGUUCAGGCUGGGGGGAACGCGGCCUGACCAGCUGUGCAGUAAUGUAAGGAUGAUUGUGUUUCACUCUGAAAAGCUCAAGAUGUCCAGCAGACAGUAGGAGCAUAGACUGGAGCUGGAAGGACUCCGUGCAGGAAAUGACAUUGCCAGACCUACAGAGCACUCAGUAAGAACUAUGCCAAGAAAAAGAAAGCUGUGGGCUCAGUUAAGCUCCCUCCAAAGCAACUCCAGCAUCCCUGCUUCUGAUGCCUUGAAGAGCCCCACCACGACUCUUGAUGGGAACUCUUCUCCAAAAAGCAGCAAAUAUUUUGUAACAGAGAAAAAACAAUCUUCCCAACUUGAAGCAGAUUUCUUCAACCAGCCCUGUAUCAGCCUGGCCAAAUCCUUCCUGGGACAGAUUCUAGUUCGCAAACUUCCUGACGGCAGGGAACUCUGGGGGAGGAUUGUUGAAACAGAAGCUUAUCUUGGUGGGGAAGAUGAAGCUUCUCACUCAAAAGGUGGGAAGCAAACUCAGCGGAAUGCAGCCAUGUUCAUGAAACCAGGAACUCUGUACGUGUAUCAGAUCUAUGGGAUUUAUUUCUGCGUGAACGUUUCCAGCCAAGGGGAAGGGGCUGCAGUCUUACUGCGCUCUCUGGAGCCUCUCCAGGGUUUGGAUGUGAUGAGGGAGCUGCGCAGCACUUCAAGAAAAGGAUCUGCAAAGCCACUGAAGGACUGGCAGCUGUGUAAUGGGCCUUCCAAGCUCUGCCAAGCAUUUGGGAUUGAUAAGGCUUUUGACCAAAGGGACCUGACUCAAGAUGCAGCCAUCUGGAUGGUACCUGGACAGGAGCUGCCAGGGGAGCAGGACGUGGUAGCCACGACCAGGAUUGGCAUUGGGAACAGAGGGGAAUGGUCACAGAAACCUCUCAGGUUUUAUUUACGGGGAAACAAAUUUGUGAGUGUUGUAGACAAGAAAAUGGAACGAGAGAUGGCAGCAAUGGAACCCAUCUCUUGCAGCUGAUGAGUCUUGCAAGUGUGCCACCAAUCAGGACUUGAGCUGUGCUCUUUAGGAGAGCCUCAAGCCAUGUUGGGGCAGCAGCAAGGGCAGCUUGGAGGUUUUUAACAAUAAACAUA